AUGACCGGAAAGAAGCCAAUGAAAGUGCUUGGCGAAAAAAAGAAAACCGGCGAUGCUAAGUUAGCUAUGGAUGAAGCGCGGGAACAAUUCAACCUGAAUCAGCAGUUGCUCUCCGAGUUGGACGCGCUCAGUCUUGAGGUAUGCAAAAAGCGACGAGAAGAGCCAGCUAAAUUGUUAGCUUUGUCGGAUGAGUAUUACAAGAUGCGAUUGCAACGAUUGACCAGCGCUCCCAUUUCAACAAAUGUGAUCGAUCGAAAAUUGGAUGUCGAGAAGAUCAUCGAAGAGAUCACCACAAAGGCCGAUGAUCGAGAAGCGCUUGUUGAGAAGAAUCGUCAAUUGAAGGAAAAAGAAGCGGAUCUAAAAGAACAACUCGAUCAAUUGAGAGAAUAUCGAAUGAAGGUUUACCAAGCAAUUAUGGAAGAUGAAUCGUUUCUU